AAGCAAGGCAAGACGAACAUGGACUGGCUCAAGAAGACGAAGGCCAAGGUCACGGAGAAGGUCUCCAAGCACCAGCAGGAGGCGAAGAUCAAGAAGCAGACCUUCAAGGGUCCGGGCUACUCGCUCCAGGAUCCGCCGCCCGCGCCCGGGCCCUCGGCGGCAGCAGCGCCGCCGCCGCCGCCGCCGCCGAAGCGGUCGGUGAACGUGACGGACGAAGAGCGUGCGCUUCGCCGAGCGCAGCAGGCAGCAGCGGCGCAGCGGCGCGAGGUACCAGCGCCCAAGAAGCGCACGACCUUCAGCACCGAAAAGGACGACGACGACUAA